CAUUUUCCAUUUAUCAGGCCUUUUGACAUUCGUACAUUAGUUCGUUCGUUCGCAGUCGUCAGUUCAGUUCGUUGUGAAAAAGGGUUUGUGGAAGUGAAAUGUGAAUUUACGCAGCGUUUAAACAACAUAAAUUGUGAAAAAUCAAGAAUAAUUUCAGCGGAAACUGAAUCCAACUGUGUGACAAAAACGUGUGAUGGAAUAAUUAGCUAAAAGAUUAAUAUUCUAAUCAACAACUAUUCUAAAAAACACAUUUUUUUUGACAAAUUCAAAGAAAAAUAAAUAAAUACGAAAUUUAUUUCCUCAGUUCGUGUGAAAAUGUUAAAACCCAAUUGCAAAAAGCAUAAAUAUUUUUCUCAAAAGCAAAAAAUUUCUAAGAUUUUUUGAGUUUUGGUUUUUUUUCAAAUCCUCCGUUAACUAAAACGUUCCACAACCUUACAUGAAGUGCAUAGAUUUCAAAGGUGCUUUGUAAACGCGAUGUUUUGAAGUUGAAGUUAAAAAAAGUCAACUAACGAAUGUGUUCCACUGCUUGAAAAUACAUAUAAAAAAAUAUAUAUAAAUAUAAGUAAAUCACAUGGAUAUGAAUACUUUAAAAGUACGCAGAUUUGUUAUAAUUUAAUAUUAAAAAAAAUAUAUAUAAUAUUUAUGAGUGAAAAUGUGUCCAAUAACGAGAAUAGAAUAAUAGAAGUCGAGUAGUGCCAGCUAGUCGUGUACAAGCAGUUACCGCUGAGCGCGACCUCAACAGCAACACUAAUCAAACUGACAACAAUUGCAAAUACUGAAUAGAACUGACAAACAAACUAUUAGGAAAAUCACAAAACCGGAGCAUUUGUGAAAUUCACAAGAGCGCGUUGUGUAUUAAACAGUCCAGUUGGUUGAUGUAAAUUUAACAGUGUACAACAAAUUCGAAACUGUGACAAGCAGUAGAAAAUAAAUAAUCGCAGCCGCAACAGACCCUAGCAACAGUAAAAGAAAGAAAACAAGAAAAAUCGAUAAAAAAACUGUGUGUUUUGCAUAUUCAAGCAGAAGAUUCAAAAAUAAAAAUAUAAAAAUAUAUAUAAAUAUAAAUAAAUAACGCAUAGAAUUUAAUAGUAAUUAAGUCGUAAUAUUAAGUGAAAAUAGGUGAAUUAAACAAAACAAAACAAAAAACUUAACUUGAAGUAAUUAUAUUAAGCAACCAACCAACUUAAACUAAACCUAAAAAACCCUUUGAAGUAGUAAAACAAAAAACCAAAUCGACAAGAUUUCUACAUUUGAAUACGGUUAUUUGGCAAACAAAACAUUCGUCCUGGAUUAUCUGCUAAAGACAUUGCGCACCUUGAAAAACCCGAUUAUGGCCGAGAAUCAGACCGCCACGGAAGAUUCCGGUCAGCAAUCGCAACAUCAGCAGCAAGGACAGCAGCAACAACAACAGCCGCAGUCGCCGCAACAAGAACAGCCACCUCCCUCAGCACUCGCAUCGCCUACAACACCGCCACAAGAGAAUAAUUCCGCUUCAUCGCCCGAAGACACCCAAACCGUGGUCACAGCCAACACCAACCAUCAUUCGCACAAUCACAACCUCCGCAAUCAGCAACAUCAGCAACAUACAAAUCAAGUGCAUCCCGAGCAAGGGCACUCGCUUACCAUAAUGGAUCACCAUCAAUUUACUGAUAUGUUCAAAAGUAGCACUAUCGCUGCACAGCGUCGUAACACAAUACAGUCUCACGCUCCCAUACGUGCCGCCAGCACCACAUCGAUUAAGAAGCCACCUCUGACUAAAAUGACAUCGCUAACAAAUGCAAAUACCGGCAGCGGCGGCGGUGGUGUGGCGAAAUCCAGCAACUCGUCGGACAAACAUCACCAUCAUCAUCAUCCACAGAGCGCCCAUCAUUCGUCGCUGCAUCAUCAUAAUGUGAACAGCAGCAUGAAUCAUCAUCACCAUUCAGCUUCAACGGGUGGUAGUGUUGGUGGUGGUGGCGGCACCACUAAUGCGGUGCAUCGUCGUACCAGUGAGAGUUUGCGUCUGAACGCCGCUGUCAGUGGUGGCGGCAAUAAUGGCGGCGGCGGUGGUGGCACUAGCUCGAUCGCUAAUUCGUCCAAUACGAAUCUUUCGAAUGCGACCAGCAACAGCAGCAUUCAUUCGAAUGUCACCAAUAAUAGUUCCAGCUCGAGCACUUCGGUUGCACCACAGUCAACAGCUACUACGGCUUCGACAUCGACGAAAGUCACAUCGCCAAACAACAAUGGUGGUGGCAGUAGUUCGGCCAGCACCAAUACGAGCCGCAGUCAUCACAGUCAUGGGCAUAUUGGUGGUGGUGGUGGUGGUGGUGGAAAUGGCGCUCAACACCAUACUGCCGCUUCACAGCCAAGCAAAAAACCAAAGACGACCUCAUCUUUUCAGAUUACUUCCGUUACUGUGGGACAUCCCAAGGUGAAUUCCGAUAAUGGCGAUGAGUCGGCUGAUGACUUGGAUGAAUCGCAUACAGAUGAAUCUCAUAGUCGUGUUACCGAUCUCGAAAAUGAGACGCCAUCAAUGUCAGAAGAUACAUUCUCCAAAGAGGAAGUGUAUUUCUCUAAUAAUGCGUUGAGCACUACAGCACCGGUGAUACCGACCAGUUCACAGUAUGGACUUGUGGUGGUAGAUCCCAUAGGACCGUCUAUCGGACAGACUAUACAGAAUGUACAGGUCAACGUGUCGGAUAACAUUAUAAAUGUGGUGAGUGCUGCUGUAACGCCAGGCGGUAGCAAGAAGAAGGAAGACAUCAAGGAGACGCAGCAUCGUAGCGAACGUUUCAAGGUGGUUAAGAUCGAGUCGACUGAGCCAUUCCGUCGCGGACGUUGGAUGUGCAUGGACUAUCUCGAUCACUCAACUGUAGGCACCGGCGGUAAGGAGGGCGGCGGUGGCAACAAUAAUGAAAAGACUGUUUCCUCCGAAUCGGGUAGCGGCGGCAGCAGCGAACCGGCAAAGACUACACAAAGUAUGAUAAUUGGUACGGGCACUGCACAGCUACUCGAGAAUCAUGUGGAUGCGGUUGGAAAUAGUUUGCAACUUACUACUGGUGGCGGAACUGUGGCCAAUGCUGCGAAUGAUGAUAACUGGAACUUCGGUGAAGGCGAUGGCAGCGUAAGCUCACCAGCUCAACAGUUGCAUCAGCAAAUGUCUGCACCUACUGGUAUUGCCACAGCACCAGCUACGGUUGUGCAUGGCAUGCAACACUUUGUGACUGAAACGGCCAGCAUGCAGCAGGGUCACACCCAGCAACAACAACAGCAGCAGCAGCAACAACAGUCACAACAAGUAUAUGCUGAUAACGCGAACGCCAAUAAUACAGGUGUCGGUGGCACCACACAGGAUGUCGUUCACGGCCAAACAUUGCCGAUGGAUUAUGCAACAGUAGUCGCACAGCAAUUGCAACAAUCGUUGCAGCAACUAAAGAAACAGGAGGAGGCGAUUGCCGCUUCAGAGGAAGCCGGCACGGUUUAUGUGCCACCACAGCAACAACAGCAGCAACAGCCACAACAACAGCAGCCACAGACGCUUCCUAGCAAUUUACAGUUUCAAAAUGGCAGCGUUGUCAUGUGUGAGAAUAAUAAUGGCGCUGUGAGUAUGCAACAGGUUGAAAAUCAGCAACAACAACAACAAGCAAUGCCAACAACUUAUGCAGCACAACAGCAAAGUGGCGGCUACAGUCAGCAGCAACAGCAACAAAACUUCCAACCCGCUGUUGCACAACAACAACAGCAGCAACAACACCACCAACAACAGCAACAGCAUCAACAUCAGCCUUCUCCUCCGCAAAUGAUGGCCAACGACGCCAUAAAUAUCCAACUGCAGCAACAACAAGCAUCGCAACAGCAGCAGCAGCAGCAACAACAACAACAAAAAAAUCAAUCGGCUUCCGCACCAACAACACAAAUGGAUGGUGCCGCCACACAACCACAACAAUACCAGUUCCAGUCACAAUCGCAACCACAGUCGCAGCAACAGCAACAAACACAUCCACCACAGUAUCAACACCAGCAAUCGGCACCAGCUGGCCAAACGAUGCCCAUCGUUACACAAUUGACAAACUAUGAAUUGCAGCAGCAACAGUCCGCCGGUCAGCAACACCAACAACAACAACAGUUGCCACAACAAAUGCAGCAAAGUGCGCCGCCAACUAUAGCGGAUCCUAAGAUCCUUGCGGCCACAAUACAGGCUCAUCAAGAGCAGCAACAACAGCCAGUAACGCUUGACAAUGUGCAAAUAACGAAUCCAACAACAAUCGCGAAUAUGCAAAACGAAACAUUGCAGUUGCAGCAACAGCAACAAAUUCAUAGUGCUAAUAAUAUGAAUAACGCUAGUGCCAAUACUAACAAUAAUAAUAACAACAACAAUAGCAGCAAUAUCGUUGCAACUGUGACCGGCGAGGAACAGUCACAGGUACAACAACCGACUUCGCAGCCACAACAACAACAACAGCAACAGCAGCAAGUAACACAACAAUUGCAACAGCUACCACAACAACAACAGCAACAGCAGCAGCCACAACAAACACAAGCGAAUGCAGAAACAGAGACUGAUAGCAUAUCGAGUCUCUCGCAGGCCAUGUACCACGGUAGUAACCGUAAGCGUGCCUUCAGCACACCGCACAUCACACCCGCCAUCUCCACAUUACUCAAUAUGUCGAGUAGUGAUCGUGGUGUCUUCCUGCUGAAUAACAGCAACGGCAGUAAUAUCAAUAUCAACUAUAAUAACAAUAAUAUACCGGCCGAUCAGCUUGUUUACUACAUGAAAACGGCAUCACCACACGAACUGGAGAACGGCAGAGUGUCGGGGCCGUGGAUACAAGGUCGCUCCGACACCAAUUUGUAUACGAAUCUAGCGCUAGGGCAUAAUCGUUACAAAUUCUUGCCAAACAACUCACCGAAUUACAAUGCCGUCGAAGAUGAGGAUGCGGACGAAGAUGAAGCCAUCGAUCAAUUCUCACCCACCAUUUACCCAACCAGCCGUUCCAUUCCUAUACCGAUCAGUAGCAAUCACAGUCCACAGCAUUUGUCUAGCGGCCAACAAACACCACAACUGCCAACAUCACCUACACACGUUGCGCAUAGCGCCAGCCCAACCACCAGCGGAUAUCCUUACUCGCCCUUCUACGGCAGCUCACCCGACUCCCAGACGACUUUUGGUGGCGGUGGCGGUGGCGUUGGCGGCGCACAGACGCCCAUUAGAAUGGCCUACAGCUACGAUCAGGCGGUGGGUGCGAACUUCAAACGCGUGCCCAACGUGGCACACCAAACCGCACAACAACAGCAGCAACAGCCACAACACACCGUUGGACGUAUGGUGCCGCGUGCUUUGUCGCUGGAUGCGACGGGUCGCAAUGCCGCUGCGGCGGCGGCUGUGAUGUUCGCCACCUCGCCGACCACAUCAGUGAACAGGUAAGUCAUGGAACUAUGAGCAUUUUCAUACUAUUUUUAUUACGUUAUAAACUGCGGCAGAGUGUAAGUAAUGACAAAGUAAAUAGUGAUAAGCAAUUUUAAAAGGAUGCCACGAGGAAGAGGAGAAGAAAUUGAGUGGGUAAUCUUCGCGUAAAGUAGUCCAAUUUGAAAUUCCAUUUGCGUUGAUGGCCCCUCAGAGAUGCUUAGUUCUGUUUAAUGACUUCUUUUGAGCUAUAUGAGUAUCGCUUGAAGCAAAUAUUAUCCAAAAUUAUAUGUCUAAAAUGGGUUUCAGAUUCUUACAUUCUGUUCAAUGUUAAUUAUAGUCUAAUUUACAUAACAUUGAAGCUAAAUCGACUGAUUUUCAAGUUAAACAGUAGCACCUUAAUACCUCCAUCUUAUCACCAACCCUCGUAAAUUGAGCUACUUUUAAAUGACAAUACUCGUCCAUGCCCCAAAUGACGUCAUUAAUGCAUUAAAUCAACGCUAAUCUCAACUAAAUUGGUUUUAUUGUGUUUUUAAUGAGUUAUUUUUAUUUAAAAGUAUAAAUUUAGAAAUUCGCUCACUCAUUUGAAAAAAAAAACAAGUCACACGUGUUUUGAUUUAUUACCGCAUGCAUAAUCCGGUUUUAUAUUUUAUAUUCAUUUCUUAAACGCUUAAUUAUUAGUUGAAAGUCACAUAAAAAUAAGAAAUAACAUCAGCUAUUGUAUUUACAGCGCGGCAUUUAUUAGAGCUAAAUCCAUAUACUAUAUGUAGCUGUGUACUCAGAUACUAAGAUUUUGCCAUAUGCAUAUAAUUAAAGUGAAUACCUACACGUAUAAUUACGUAUUAAAAGCAAAAAUUAAUUGAACACGAUUUCAUACAAGAAGCCAGCGCGAGAACAUCGAAAUGGAAUUAAUAUUUGUUUAGUUUUUUCGUCGUUAUUCCAUCUUUUGUAUCUGGUGGCAUGCAUCCCGCUCUAAUUUCCAGUUUGAGUCGGUUGAAAUGUUGCGCAGAAUCACUGUGUUGAGUGGAGCUACUGCGUCACGAAGUCUGCAUGUCAAGGUCGGUUAGAUGAGUGUUAGUUAUGAGCGUUGCAGCAGUCACUAUCUACUCAGAGACACUCUGCAGUUAUUCUCAUAAAUUUAUAAGUAAAUUUUAUCAGAUUUUGAAACAUUUAUUCUUUCCUUUUGAGAAGCCCAAGUCGAUACAACACGAAGUCUAUACGUCAAUAAUUCUCAAAAAUUUUCUGAUCCAUGAGAAACUUAACUUAAGGUAAGGUUCAUUCUCGAUACAUUCUCCAUUCAACGAAGCAGACCUCACAUCAAUGAAUUUCCCUGCUGUAGAGAUCGUCAAUACCUCAAUAUGAUAUUUUCCAUAUUAAACAAUUUCAUCUACUCAAUUUCAUUUCAUUUCAUUUUAAUAUUUUUAUUUUCCAAACCUUCCAUAUCCAUUAAAGCCCCGCUUUAGUCGAUUUAUUAACGUCCAAAGUGUCAUAUUUUAUUAAUUGUAAACCAAACGUGUUCACGAUUUUUUUACGCCGCCUUCCAAAACGGCGACUAUGCAACUACCGCGCGCCGCUCCACGCCACAACUCGCCGAUUAUAUGAAUUAAUGCGCUCAGCACUGUUUACUUCAUUAGCUAAUCAAUGGUUGCCUCUGCUUAGUAUUUGCGCGUCGAAGUAAACAAAAUGAUUUAUUAAUCUUCAGCGCUCCAUUCGCCUCCAAUAUGGGUGUGUAUGCUUACAGCUUUACAUAAAUUAUACAUAAUUUACAUUGCAAAAUGACUACUCCCUGCUCACGGCGUAAAUUAUAGGUACUUUUUACGGUUCGUAAAUUUGAAAAAAAAAAACUUUUAGCGAAUUAAGCACAAAAUUUGCAUGCAAUCGAUGAAUUAAUGCCAAACGCUAAGUUGUUGCUAACCUCGUGCAAAUUUUUCUGAUCGAAAUUUGUGUGAAUAAACAAAUAUUUUAUAAUUCAUUAUUUGUCUAUAAUUUUCAUAUGAAUCAAAGUUUUUAGUAUGCAAUUUUGACCAAGUUUCAUGUUGUCCAAUAUUAGCGAUAAUCCAAAUCUGGUGCCUCAAUAAGGAGCAUGACAUCAGAUCAUAAAGCAAAUUGAAUUUUCAUGCAAAUUUGAGAUUAAAUCUUUAGUAUUUAAUCCUGGAAUGAAAAUGUCAUAUAUGUAAGAAUCGGUUCCUCAGAUCAUUUUUAAUUUAUUCAAUAAUUCUCACACAUCCAUUAUGUAUGGUACAUGAUUAUACUUUAGACGACACCGCAAAAGCGCAUCGGUUACUAUGUAGUUGUAUCCCUCUUUCGGUCUCAUAUAUCGAUCCUUCAUGGCACUUCAAGAAGAGUCGAACGGUUUCCAGAUGUAUCGCAUACUUAGUUUCAUAAAAUCGAUCCUUUAUCGCACUUCAGAAACACUCUAACGGUCUCUUAAACCCUCGUUGAGUUUCAUAAAAUCAAUCCUUCGUUGCACUUCAGAAACAGUCUAACGGUUUCUAGUUUGAUCCCUCUUUCGGUCUGAUAAAUCGAUCCUACAUCGCAUUUUAGAAACGAUCUAACGGUUUCUCGAUGUAUCCCUUGCCAAGUUCGAUAAAAUUGAUCCUUUGUCGCACUUCAGAAACAAUCUAACGGUUUCUGUAACCCUCGUUGAGUUUCAAUCUAAUGGUUUCUAGUUUGAUCCCUCUUUCGGUCUGAUAAAUCGAUCCUACAUCGCAUUUUAGAAACGAUCUAACGGUUUCUCGAUGUAUCCCUUGCCAAGUUCGAUAAAAUCGCUCCCUCGUCACACUUCAGAAACAAUCUAACGGUUUCUGUAAUCCUCGUUGAGUUUCAAUCUAAUGGUUUCUAGUUUGAUCCCUCUUUCGGUCUCAUAAAUCGAUUCUACAUCACAUUUUAGAAACGAUCUAACGGUUUCUCGAUGUAUCCAUUGCCAAGUUCCAUAAAAUCGAUCCUUCGUCGCACUUCAGAAACAAUCUAACGGUUCCUAGAUGCAUCCCUCACUUGAUCUCAUAAAAUCGAUCCUUCUUGGAACCCUAGAAACAAUUUGAAGUAAUGAAUCGCAUUUUCGAGGUUAUCUUCGACGAUUUGGUAACUCGAUUAACGAGUAAAAGGUCAAACAAAAUAACUGAUUACCGUUAUGAAAGAAACCCAACAUCAUAUUAAAUAAUUAACGAACUUUAAUGUGUAAAUAAUGACGCACAUCGCCUUCGAACAUUAAAAUUAAAACAGUUUUUCAUGCCAUAAUCAACACACGCUUUUGGCGACAACAUGCGAUUUUACUCAUAAGUCAACGUGCGAUCAGACUUUUAAUUUGCUUUAUGACUCAAUGCAAAUGAUUUGUGUAUACUUCAAGCAUACAUACUCGUAAAUUACAUAUGUACACAUAAAUAAAUAUUUAUUUACACUAAAACAAAAACGAAUAUGUGUGAGUAUUACGCAAAUAAAUACUUGAAUACUUUACAUCAUCAGCAGAGCGAGUGUUGAAAGAAAGAUGGCACUGAUGAUAAGCCUGAGGUUAACUGAGGGACCAGCACUUGAAGACGUAAAUUACUUACGUGCUUGUUGGAGUCGAGUGUGACGCCUAAUCUAAUUUAAAAGCGGAAAUAAAAAUUUGCGCCCAGAGAUUGCCUGCCUGCGCCUGCCUUUUUAUUAAAUUACUUAUAUACACACUCUUUAAGCGGCUUCAAUCAACACGCUUGUAAAUAAAAUAAAUUCCACAGCGUUGCAAAUGUAAUUGCCUGUCAAGGCGUAAGUCAAGUGGUUGACAGCAGGUGGUGGGCAGUUGAAGUUAUGGGCGCGCAUACACUGCAAAUCGACUGUUGUAAUAACUCAACAAGGACACACCUGAUCCUUUUAAGCCGCACAAAGUGCUGCCUGUUGAUGUGUGCUUAUUUCUUAUCUCUGCGGUUGUUGCUGCUGCUGCUGCAACCACUUCAAUGCCAUGAAAGCAAUAAAUAUUGACGGCGAUGUAAACUAAAUAAAUAAAUGGCUUUGUUGCGGUUUGCAAGAAGGCGCUAAACUUGAGAUGAUUAAAGCUACUAUUUACUACAGAAAACAAAUGACAUAAUGCCAACAUUCAUCAGCAGCAGUCAGAGUAUAUACGUAAUUGCUUUAAUAAUAUUUACUCAGUUUUGUUGUUUUCGAAAAUUCAAUAGUUUCUAGAAUACUUUCCAUAUAAAGCAAAUAAUCUGAUUCCUAAGCUGAUUCUACCUUUUAGAAACUUGUUUCCCCUCAUUCGAAUCUUUUUUUUUCAUUAAUCGAAAAUUUAAAUCUUCACUUCUUGUCCUUAUUAUUCGAAAAUGUAUUUCUUAGAUCCUCACUUUUCUCCCCCUAAUUCGAAAACAAUUCUCAUUCAGAUCAGUCUUACUUACAUUUACACUCAAAACUCGAAAAAAUCUAGUGUUCUGGUUCUAAUUUGAAAGCAAUCGGCAAACGACGAAGCAGUUGCCGAUAAUAUACGAAUCAGUCAUCAUUACUAUACAGCAUAGUAUUUAUGCAUUUGUAAUAAUAAUCAAAAAAUUUAAUAAUUUAAUAACCACAUUAUUUGCUUAGCAACUGAGCAACAGCUUACUCAACGCUUACUAAUUUACUUGAUAUUCGAUUUUAGUGCUAGUUCGCCUUGUUCUAACUGCAUAGCUCCUUCUCUCUCUCCACCGCCUUUCAAUAAUCAGCCGUUUACAGUUACAGUUCAACACUUAUCAGCUGUCUAUCACGUGUCUACUUAGUCGAUUGCUCAUAAAGCUUUAUUAAUACAUUUGUGAGCAUAUAAACGGUAUCUAUAAAUGCUGUCCUUCAGUUGUGCAGUUUGCAAUCGGUUAUUUAUUAUAUGAUUUGUAGAAAAUCACUUUGUGCUCACUUUUAGACUGGAGGAGGUUAAUAACUCGAAUAAUUUCGAUGAGAUGAAUUAUAAAGGAUCUUUCAAUAUUCUCUACGGAGUGUGCUUAGUUCAUGAAUAUGACAUAUAAGGACGUGAAAUUUAAACAUAACUGAUAAAAGCUCUAUAAUUCUAAAACAUAUUUUAAUUCCAAUUGUUGACGUCUCCUGACAGCUGUCAAUUUAAAGCUUUGAGUAUGCUUCUGAGAUAAAAAGUCUAUUUAUGGUGUAAGUCAGCUUUACAGAGGAGCUUAAAGCUUGACAUGUUUUUUUUUUUCGAACUGUCAGCUUUUUUUGACAGUUAUCAAUGCCAAAUCUUGGAGUCUUUUCAAAAUUAAAAUGCUAUUUAAGGUAUAAGACAGUCAUACAGGUGGAGCUUAAAGAUUUUUACAUGCAAAAAUAGCAUUGAAAGCUCCAGAAAUCGUCUUAAAAAGCUCUGUCUAAAAAAGCUCCAAUCAACUAUCUCUUUAUAAAUUAUUUUCUUAUGUUAUGAGUUGCUUUAAUAAAUUAAGUCGUACUAAUUUACCUCCGCAAGCGGGUUGACAUUUGCACUUUCACAAUUGCAAUGCCAUUCUUUUUUCCUUUCAAUAUUGCCACAAGCCUACAUGUUAUACAUACAAUAUGAUUACGUUUACAAUGCGCUUUUGCACUGUCAGCAAUAUUAUUAUUAUUUUCUGCAGCCUUUUCUAUUUGUUCAGCGUAGGCUUUUGUGUGAUAAGGCUCGCUUAUUUAAUUGCAAUUGCAAUUGUCUUUGUUACGGUUCGUUUGAUCGCAAUGACUCGCUGUUUGUUCUUUGUUUACAUGGCGCCAAAGUUUCUCUUAUCAUCCCAAGCUACAAGUGUAUAUUUAUAUUUCUUGCAUUUCCAAUCAGCCACUGGCGUUUUUGCGAAUACUUGUACCUAAAAAUAAAAGAAUAGAAUGCUUCGCACACUUCAUGUUUUCUGCCUGCCUGCAUUGUACGUGACUAUGUAGAAUUGCGAUUUUAGCACGUCUCCCACACAAAUACAAGGAGAACACUUCAUGCAGUGGUGCUGUAGCAUUUCAUUUGCACUAGGAGAAGGUGUCAAUUUCAAUAAACAAAAAAAAUAUAUAUAUGAAGGGUAUUAAGAGCAUUUGAUACUCCCUGGGUGCAGAAAAAACAAUAAAUUGAGGCAUUGGCGUAUUUAUUAGCGCCCUUUUUGCGCUUGUAAAUAUGUUUGAGAAGUAAUUCGAGAAGCUUACAAAAUAAAAUACACGUUCAAGUAACACCGAGAAUAUCAAAUAAGCAACCUAAUAAAAUAUAAAUCGGGGACUUACAUAUAAAGAGUUACUAAAAUGCUCCAGAUCUAAUAAUUGAAAUUCUUUUCCAACCAUUAAAUUUGCAUUUACCGUUAUUCAAAGUGUGUUCAAAAAAUAACGGGAAUUUUUAAAUUUCGAAUUUUUCAAAAGUCCAUUUGUCAAAUAUUUUUUUUUAUUUGACAGCUUCCAAAAAUAAAUAGAACCUUGAAGGCCCGUCAUUUUGACAAGCUUACGAGAAAUCGGUUUAAGAGCCAAAGGCUAUAUCAAAAAUCGAGUUUGAGAAGUGUUUUGAAAGAAGUUCUAAUGAAAGGACAACAAUUAGUGUAGAAGAUUAAAAAAUAUUUUUUUUUUCAAAAAACGAAAAUUCCCGUUAUUUUUUGAACACACCUCAUAGUCUAGUAACAACUCGAAUUUUUAAGAAUAUAUCACAAUUGAAACUAUAUUUCCGCCCCUCAUCUAUAAAAAGUGCGCUCCACUACUCUCAUUAAAAUUUUUCGGGAUUUCCCCUCCAUAACCCACAUUGUAAAAUGUACCACAGAAGCAAACCAAAUUUUUUUUAUAUUUUUUUUCUUAAAUAUUUUUAAUUUUUAUUAAAAUUCUCCAUAUACACUAUUAAUUGCAUAGCUGUUUAUGGCCAACAACUUAACAACAAGCGACGUCACACGCUUCGUUCCACAUCGUUGCAUAUGCCACAACAGCAGUGCGGCAACAGCUUCGUCCGAGAUUCGGCGGUUGAUUGUGUAACACUUUUAAAUAGCCAAACAGCUACAACAACAGCGGCAGUUUGCAGUUGUUUCCACAGCUAUUUUAACCAUUUUUUAUGGCCAUAAUUAUUACUUCAACCACACAGGUGUCACACAUACUCGUACAAGCAAAAAAGCUCAUUAAAUACUUAGACGAUUUUGUUGACUGGCUUUGCAUUGUUGUUUUUAUUGUAGAAAAUUUAAAAAAACAUAAAGUAGCCUAACAUUUUGACCAACUAUUUUGCCUACAAAAACAGCAAAAUAGCCAAAAUACCAGUGAAUUGACUUGCGCACUUUUUUGUUUGCGCUGCUCCGCGCCUGUUUGUGCUUUGACAGUUACUUCCAGGAGGCCAGCCAUUUCAAUUGUCUAACGAACAACAACACGGCAUUGUCUUUGUGCGCCUAACAUUGUUAAAGCGCGAUUUGUUUCCUAUAACCACGAAAUGCUUACACUGGCUGGCUGGUAGUCUUAUUGUUCGUGAGCCAAAGCAGCAGCGUGCAGCAGGAGGCGCAGUGUAAAAGCAAGCUUGUUAAUUCCGUCAGCCCGUUUAUCUCUCAACAAAUGGCUGUCGCGAUUACUUAUCUACAACAUUAUUUUCUGUUUGCUGCGGCAAUUAUUGUUUUUAUAUUUUGUACGAGUACGUAGCUAUCAGGUGCUGCUGCUGCUGCUGCUUGCCAUUGCAAUUGUCAUUAAUUGUGAAUUUCAAACAACUCACACUGCGCUUUGCAUCAAGCCGCGCUCGGUCGGUUUGCUCGUCGAUUGUGCAAACGUGCGCAUAUAAUUACAAUGAAUUAUUUUUAUUGCUGGCUCAAUACUGUUUUUGUGCGGGGUUUUUAUACUAUUUUCAUUUCAUAUAUAUUUUUUAUCAUUUUACGAACAUAUGUUGCUGCCAAAAGAGGCGGACAACUACAAUACUCAAAUCGUAGUCAUAAUUGAUGUUGAAAUUGCAACUACCGUUAUGUUCGAAAGGCGAUAGCUGUCAGCUUGAAUUGUAAUAUCACGAUAAUUGUUGCUUGCUGGAAAUAAUUUCGGUUAUUUUAAGGGAACUCAAAAAAUUUUUUGAGAAAAAAUAUUUUUUUUAGUUCGAAAGCUGCCUUUAUAGAGUAAACAAAUAAAAAAAAAUUUUGAUAUAAAUUAUUUAUGCGUGUAUUAAGGCUCCAGUAUUUCGUGUAAUAUAUUCCUCUAUUCCUGUUAUUUCAUAUUCUAUCUCAAAUAAUAAUGGUUUAAUGAAAAUCUUGCAUGUCGGAGCUUAAUUAUAGCAAUAAUUUUUUUCUAUAUCAGGGUAUAAAGUUCAUUCACAUUUCGGGUUUUGAAGGCUAAUUCAGUAACUGAUAAAAUAAUCUAAAUCUCUGUAUACUCAAAAAAUAUUUUUUGUUAUAAAAAUAUUUCGCUUUUUCAUAUAAAAUUCAAAAGGAAGCAUAGGAAAUUAGUAAUAUGAGCGCAAUUAAUUUAAAUGCUGGCAAUAAUAAUAUCAAACAAAUUAUUUAAUAAAAAAAUUCGCAAAUUUUGUAUACUCAUAUAAU